GCCGCCGGAGACCGCGGGGCACCGAUGGCACGGGAGCGGCGGCGGCGGCGGGGGGGCACCGAGGGCGCGCGGCCGCAGGAGAGGGUCCCGCGCGCGGCCGGCCGGCGGGCGCGCGGGCACGCGGGCGCGGGGCUGGCGCUGCUGGCGCUGGGCUGCGCCGCCUUGGCCUGCGGCCUCUACGCCCGUUGGGGGCCCGCCGCAAGCCUGGUCGCCCCGCACGCCGCGCCCCGCGCCCUGCUGCCCGGCAGCACCGGGCCCGACGCCGCGCCCGCCCGCUUCUGGGGCUCCUACCGGCCCCACGUCUAUUUCGGCAUGAAGACGCGCAGCCCACGCUCGCCGGUCGCAGGCUUGAUGUGGAUGCACCAGCUGGAGGGGGAUAUCCGGUUGCGCCACACUUGUGAACAGAGUGAUGGCCUCCCUCGCUACGGCUGGCUACUUCAUGACGGCAUCCAUUUUGGGGUGCAGGAGAUCAAAGACCUCGGUUUCAGCCUUCAGACGGAGUUUGUGAAGUGUCCUGGCGGCCAGCAUGGCGGAGACUGGAGCUGGAGAGUUACAGUUCGUCCAGAAAGGACUAGCCCCAAGCCCCUUUUCAUCUCCCUCCUUUUCUACGUGGCCACCGACGGGCAGGGAACGCUGCAGCCUGUGAUAGAGGAGAAGACUCGGCUGGUGUCGCUAAGAGGACAGACGGAGGAACUGGGGAACUUUACCGUCACCUUUCAGCAGCCUACCACUGAGGCCGGCACACCCCUUUAUGCCAGGUAUAAUUACCUGCAGGCGAAGGCAGAAGGGCUGCAUCGCCUGACCGACGUGGUGAAAGCAAGCCUCACUCCGCGGUUCUCCUAUGCUCCGCCGGGGCUCCCCAAGCGCCGCUACUUUGGCGUGGAUGUGUCCCACAGCCCAGCAGGGGACAGAGAGCUACGCAGCCAGCUCCUGGUUCAUCAGGUGACGGUGCCCGUGCCCUGCCGCGUGGAAGUGGCUUUUGAAUCAGGCAGCGUGGUCAACCGCCCAGAACGGCUCCUGGCAGAGGUGCUGACGCGAGAGCUGGACAGGUACAUGGCCGCCUUUGAGCUGCGCUUUGAGGAGACCUUUGGGCUUGCCAGCAAGGGCUUCUCUCCGCCAGAGCAGUACUUCGCACGGGCCCUCCUCAGCAACAUGCUGGGCGGGAUGGGCUACUUCCAUGGGCACUCGCUGGUGCAGUCCCCGCACACGGAGGCCCCUCAGCCUUACCCCGCGGGGUCUCUCUUCACGGCAGUGCCCUCCCGCUCCUUCUUUCCCCGGGGCUUCCUGUGGGAUGAAGGCUUCCACCAGCUCCUGUUGGCCCGCUGGGACCCAGCGCUUAGCCAGGAGGUGCUGGCUCACUGGUUUGAUCUCAUGAACACCGAGGGCUGGAUCCCACGUGAGCAGAUCCUGGGCGACGAAGCCCUGGCAAAGGUGCCCCCGGAGUUUGUGGUGCAGCACAGCCAGGCGGGCAACCCUCCCACUUUCUUCUUGGUGCUGCAGCAACUGCUCAAGCAGGGAGUGGUGGAACGGGGUUACCUCCAGCGCCUCUAUCCUCGCCUGCAGAGCUGGUACAGCUGGUACAAUCAUACACAGGCGGGGCCCUUGCCCUACACAUUCCGAUGGCGUGGCCGGGACCAGGACACUCAGCUUUUUCUUAAUCCCAAAACCCUGACCUCUGGGCUAGAUGACUAUCCUAGGGCCUCCCACCCCUCUCUGGACGAACGCCACCUAGAUUUGCGCUGUUGGAUGGCAGUAGCGUCAGCUGUCAUGGCCGAGGUGGCAACGCAGGUGGGAGAGCCAGCAAGUGACUAUGCACGCAUGGCCGAGGGGCUGGCGGACAAUGAGCUGCUUGAGCGGCACCACUGGGCAGAGGCGCUGGGCACUUUUGCUGACUAUGGCAACCAUACCCAGGCCGUGGCCCUGGAGCGUGAGCGUCUUCAGCCCUCUCCUCCUGGCCAGCCCCCACCCAUCCCAAGACUGGUGCGGGUGGUACGCAAACCACCCAGGCUGCAGUUUGUGGGAGGGGCCCUUGGCUACGUCAGCCUUUUCCCCCUGCUGCUGCAGCUCCUGAACCCCGAUUCCCCACAUCUGGGCAGCCUCCUGGUGGACAUGAAGAACGAGCAGAAGCUGUGGACACCUUUUGGCUUGCGUUCACUGUCACGCAGUAGCCCUUUCUACCUCAAGCGCAACACAGAGCAUGACCCCCCGUACUGGAGGGGGGCCAUCUGGAUCAACAUCAACUACCUUGCGGUGCAGGCCUUGCAUCACUAUAGCCAGCUGAAGGGGCCCUACCAGGAGGCGGCUGCCAGACUAUACCAUGAGCUGCGCACCAAUGUCAUCGGCAACGUCCUCCAGCAGUACCUGGACUCUGGCUACGUUUGGGAGCAGUACAAUGACAGGACAGGACAGGGGCAGGGGUGUUAUCCCUUCACAGGCUGGUCAGCUCUUGUUCUGCUCAUGAUGGCAGAAGAGUACUGAUGAGCAGGCUGGCCGGAAUGGUUGCCCCAUUCUCCCGGGGUGGCUCAGCUGGAGUGGCAGAUGCAGGACUUGGGCAAAGGGGUGCAGGGUCUGGCGUCUGCUGCUGACCUGCUUCAGGGGUUGGCUUCCAAUUUCACACUGAAAUAAAGCUGUGCAGUAUAACGUU